GGUGCAAGCACAAACAUGCAACAGGCUCUGUAGAGCGUUGAUCAGAGAUACAGUGUAGUAAGAUUAUUUUUACCGUAUAGUAAGAAAGAUUCUUGAUUAAAGCUUCGUCGCAAUGACACCCCCCUGCAAUGGGACACAAACAAACUGGAUCAAUUGUGUACCAUCUUAUGUCCAGUGGAUCUUCUUUGCUAUCGCUGGAGUGCUGGUCCUGUCACUAUCUUGGAAUAUUUUUUGCUGUGUAUCAAAAUGUUGGUCAGGAAAAGGAACAUGUCGACUCUUGAGAAGACGGAGUCGAAGCCCAACACAGAUGGAAGAUAAUCCUAUUUAUGGCAACUUAAACUACAUGCAAACCAACGUUGCUGUUUUUGCAGAAGUUGAACCUGCUCAACCGUCAUCUUUCAGAGCUCAACAGAGAGUCAGCGCAGAUUUACAGUCCAAAAAUCAGGACUGCUAUGCCAACCUUACCCUAAAGGCUCCCAGGGUGCAGUCAGGCCGCAGCUCUCCACAGAUCCAGUACUCAGACGUGAUGCAUUUAGAGGAGCCAACGCUGGGGUCAGACAAGGAAGAUGAUGGCAACACUGACGCCAUUUCCACUUUGUCUGACCUGUAUGCUUCUGUGCAAACUCAGCGAACCAAAACCAUCGACACUGACAGUGGAGAGGGCUACGCCAACCAUCUCUGAUGCUGAAAUGACAGAAACCAUCUUUUUUAAGCUUGACCUGCUGCCACAGGAGGGCACUGUGUGUCACUGUUUGAAACCUGACAACCCUUCUGUGUAGGAUGGAGCACGCUUUCUCAAGUGAAUGUGCUUGUCUUAAUAGGAAGUGUGCAUUUUUGUUUGACUUCAGUGCAGGUUUUCUGGCCUUUUUGUUUUGGUGUUGUACUUAAAUGAUAUACAGAUUUCAUAACUAUUCAGGAGUUUUAUUGCUUGUUUCAUAUGUUUAAUGUGUCUAUCAUUGGUUCUGUAAAAAAUCACACUGGAAUGGAUUCAUUGUGUGGUAUUCAUUCAAGUGAUAUCCACUGAUUUUAAUUCCAGACCUGGUAAUUAUUGUUUUUUUAGGUGUAGUCUGAUUUAUUUUUAUAAGAAAGUGUGAAAAUGUACUGCAUCCACUCCUGCUUUCUCAUUAAAAAUAAACCUGAAUCCACA